GCCGCUUCCGUUGCCGGGCAGGCUGGGUGCUUACAGGAGGAGGAGGAGAAGGAGGAUGUUGUUAGCUUCUUCGCUGGAGGAGACAAUGUAGAGUCCCAGGCACUAGCGGAUGUUCUAAAGCUAUGGUCAGAUUUCCAGUCAAGAUGGCCAGACACAAGAAGUGCAUCCUCUGUGAGACGGUCCAUGCCUCCAAGCAGGAGAUGGACGAGCACAUGAGAAGCAUGCUGCACCAUCGCGAGCUGGAGAAACUCAAAGGCCGGGACUGCGGCCACGAGUGCAGGGUGUGCAAGGUGUCGGUGGUCAGCCUGACCGACUACGCCAGCCACAUUUCCAGCGCGGCGCACAAGCAACACGUGGAAGCCCUGGAGAAGAAGCCCGCCAGCGUGCACCGCGGCGAGGACUACUUCGACCAGGCGCUGGUGGAUGCGAUACACAAGCGGCAGGAGCAGAUCCGCAAAGAAAAAGAGGCGGACGCUGCUGCUCAGCUGGCCAAACAGCAGGAAGAAGCGCGGAAAAAGGAGUUCCAGCAGCGACUCAGCAAAGCCAAGGAGGGUUACAGGCUGGAUAGAGGUCCGCAGCAUCCGCCGCAAGGCUUCGCUCGCUCCACUCAGCACAACUCCUGGAACAACAAACAGCAGCAUGGCUUACGAGACGGGUACGCCCCACCGUGGAACAACAACAGACAAGGAAGGAGCGCCACCUGGCAUGCUCAGACGCCGCCCUACUUCCACAGAUGGGAAUCGGGUGACAACCGCUUCCACUCACAGGAUGGCUGGGGGGGCUCCAUAAAUUGGGAGCGGAGUCCGUUGUCUGACCAAAGUCGGCUGCCCUGGCUCAGCAACCAAGGCAGCAGCUAUGGCGUGUACGGCAGGAAUAAUAUUUCACCGUGUGCAACAAAUAACCGGCCACUCAGUUUCAACGGGGCCUCUCUGUUUCCGCCGCCGCCACAGUUCUUCACCAAUUCUGCGAACAACCUUCAAAGGAAGGGUAAGGAAUCUAGAGGGCCCCAAAGGGAGGAGAUGCGAGCAGCUGACUGUGACCAGCACAGUAAAAAGACCUUUGGCAGCAACCCAAAACUGGACAAAACCUGCAGCUGGUCAAAGGAAGUGGACUCCAAACCGAGCAAAGAUACCUCAGCCACCCCAAAAGGACCCAAAAGCCAGGAAAGAACAGCAGCAGAACCUCAAGAGGCGAAGCUUAAAAGUAACCCUAAAAGCGUGGAUAAGAGAAGCGCCGCCCAGAAAGCUGUCCGCCAGACCUCCACCUCUGGUCCUUCCACUCAUCCCAGCAGUGGCGUCUCAGCACAGUCACAGUCGAAACCCACCACAAAGCAGGCGGGGAUCCGGACCGCUCCUGUCGGACCACAGAAGUCUCCAGAAAUCAUCAGGAAAGCCAUGGCCAGGAGAUGCUCUUUGGAUGGCUCUAAGUUAGCAGUGGCCCGACACACUGAGGGGGAACCCCUGAAGCAUCUAUUGCGGGGUCAGAUUACGGACAACAAGGACAACAGCUGCCGGCAGAACGCGGGUAAACCGAAAUCACAAGACCCGGCCCGGGAAAAACCAGCACCGUCUUCAUCUGAGAGCACGCACUCCCUCCAGUCGCUGCACGUCAGCACUUCCACGGCGGAGAGAUUUCCGCCCGCUGGCUCAGGUGGUGACGACGCGGAAAAGCUUCCGGACGUGGAAACUCUCGCAUCACCUCCCCAGGAUGAGGCCUCACAGGCUGCAGACGAAGGUCACAAUUCAGGGAGCGACAACUCCAGAUGCGGCAAAUCGGACCUCAACGCAUCCAGCGCAUCCAAACUCGGACGAGACCUGACCAAGCGUGUCGGCACCAAGACUAAGACGGGCGGCCUGGAGCCCAACCUCAACAUUGCCAGGCGGGUGCGCAACCUGAGCGAGUCGCGGAGAAGUGACACAGAGAAGGAUUCCGGGCUCAAGCCGACCGUUCGCCAGCUCAUCAGCUCCUCCGGGUCUCGGCGGAAGGUCAACUGGGACCAGGUGUACCAGGAAGUGCGGAAGAAGCAGGACAAGGGGAAAGGAAUGCCAAGAUUCGGCAUUGAAAUGGUUCCAAAUGACCUGGAGGACCAGAGCCAGGAGGAAGACAACCUGGCAUUCCUGGAUAAUUUCCCUUGGGAGGCCCUGAAGGAGACCUCUUCUCCCGCCGUCUCCCGUAAACGCUCCUUAUCAGAAAGCAGUAUCGCUCCUGCGUCCGAGCACUCGUGUUUCCCAUCGUGUGAGUCCGAGACACCACAAAGGCAAGUCCGACGUUCCGAGCAGCAGAGGUCCUCCGUUUCUCCUACGUUUAGCGUUCCCAAAGAGAAUGAUGAGGCUGAGCAGAAACCAAAAUUGACUCUGGAGGAAGCACAGAAGCUAGCAGAUAAGCUAAUGUUGGAGAAGGCUAAGGCUCUCCAAAGAUCCGAUUCCAUGCUUGGGGACAACAGCUCAGGAACGGAGCAGAUGGACACCCAGGGAACAGCAAAGAGGCGAAGAACACCUGGGGAUGUUCCGAGCCAAGAGGCUGCAGGUGUGGAACAAGAUAAAAAACGAAGAAAGAUCAAAUCCAAAAGUGCCGAUCGUUUACAGAUCGACCAGCUCCUGGCCGUGUCCCUGCGCGAGGAGGAGCUGAGUCGUUCACUGCAGACGGUGGACAGCCAGCUCAUUCAGGCCAGGGCGGCGCUGGAGGCCGCCUACGUGGAGGUGCAGCGGUUCAUGGUGGUCAAACAGCAGAUAACCACAGAGAUGAGCACCCUAAGAGAAAAACGCAUUGCGUUAUUAAAAGGGAUGCAAGCCGGCAACAUAGCUGCCCCACCGCCAGUUCGACUAAAAGAAGAGGAGGCAGACCCGGUCGAAUCCUCCCUGGCUGCUUCCAUGUCCUCUCUUACGAGCAUUGCUCAUCCCGGCUCCGCCUCAUCUCCGUCCGCCAGUUCCCUCCCUGUGGCCAUCAAGCAGGAGCCCCUCUCCCCCGUACGUGUCAGCUCAGAGACUGAACUUUUGGAGGCUGUCACUCUUGCAGAGCCCACCUUAGGGCUUCACACGUCUGUAGAAACAAAGCUGGAGGACUCGUGGGCACUUGGCCAGUCUGGCGAUGUCAAAGACAGCACGUUGGGUUUAUUGGAGCCCAAUGAAAAGGCAGUUCAGGCAGUACAUCACCUUCACAACCUGGACCUCAAAACCUCCGUGCAGCUGAUGUCAGCCAGCAGCAGGAGAAGCUCGGAGACGGGCAGCCUCGCUGAGCGUUCGCCCUCACCAGUGUUUGAGACCCCCGCGGUCCCAAACACGGCAGAGUCGCCCUGCGAGAUGCACGGUGGAAAGCGUGUGAGGAAGCUGAAGAAGAGGAAGGUGCUAGAAAAGGCUCACGGGAACGUGCAGCCUGAGAGCAGCGACACCGAGAUGGAUGCCGAAACCUCCAGGCCCAGGUGGCCCCGACCUAACAGGAGGUCCAGCAGCAGCAGUGCUCAUAGCACUCAGGCCCUGCUUCCUGAUACGGACCCCCCGGUGCUGAUGGAAGAAAAGAUGGAGGUGACUGAAACCUGCCAGCAGCUCCUCGGGACCUCGCUCUCUCCCCCGGCUUCCAUCCCGGACUCGUCCAGAACAGAGCAGCCGAGCUUAGCGUGUAACGAGGUCACCUCCACCAGCGACAUGGACAUUUGUAAAUCAUCUGAGAGUGAAGUAUCAUUUCCGAAGAUGACACGGACCUCCUCCUACACGUCCUGUGGUGCAUUCGAGGGCCACCAGGAGGCGGUGAACGGCAUGCAGGUCCACAACGGCCUGUUGUACACCUGCUCGGGAGACCGCACCAUCAAAGCCCUGGACCUGCAGAGCCGCAAGUGUGUCGCUGUGUUUUCGGGUCACACGUCCAAAGUGAGCUGCCUGUUGGUGUCGACCGCCCCCUGCCUGCAGCGCCGCCUGUACUCUGGUUCUAGCGACCAGACCAUUCGGUGCUACAAUCUUAAGACACAGGAGUUGGAGCAGCAGUUCAGUCUGGCAGACCGUGUCCUCUGUCUUCACAGUCGAUGGAAGAUUCUUUACGCGGGUCUGGCCAACGGCAAUGUGGUCACCUUCGACCUCACUAGCAACAGGCAGAUGGACGUGUUCGAGUGCCACGCCCCGCGCGCCGUCAGCUGCCUUGCGUCGUACCAACAGGGCUCCGGUAGGAUCCUACUGGUUGGCUCCUAUGACAGCACCAUCAGCGUGAGGGACGCCAAGACUGGACUCCUACUGCGCACGCUGGAGGGCCACACCAAAACUGUCCUCUGCAUGAAGGUUGUGAACGAGUUGGUCUUCAGCGGCUCCAGCGACCAGAACGUCUUUGCACACAACAUCCAUAGCGGUGAAAUGGUGCGCGCCUACAAGGGCCACAGUCACGCCGUAACUGUCUUAACAGUUGUUGGCAAGGUGAUGGUGACCGCCUGCCUGGACAAGAUGGUCCGCGUCUACGAUCUACAGUCUCGAGAGCAGCUGCAGGUGUACGCCGGCCAUUCUGACAUGGUGACCAGCAUGGCGGUCCACCAGAACAAGAUCUACACUGGCUGCUACGACGGCAGCGUACGAGCCGUCGAGCUGAACCUGACGCACAACUACCGCUGCAGGUGGCACGGCUGCUCCUUGGUUUUCGGCGUCAUGGAGCACCUGCAGCAGCACCUUGUCGGCAACCAUGUUGGCGCCAACCUGCAGACGCAGCGCUGCCGCUGGAGAGACUGCGAGGAGUUCUUCUGUGCUCGCAAUGGCUCCAAGCAGGUAAGCUUUCCAGGUAAGACUCACCUGGAGGAGGGAGGGGCUUACACCGGAUGUUGUUUGCUCGCACAGGGGAUGCUCGCACACGUGCAGAAACACGCCGAGGAGGCGGAGCCGGAGCCUUGAGUUCCUCCCUCCCAUAUUGGGCGGAUGUUUGGGAACGUGUCCACCACUUAACGUUCCAUGUUGGAAUCCAACAUUUAAGUGUCUCCGUGUCCAUUGCUGUUUUUUUUCUACAUCUCCACGAGCGGGCGGCGUGUGGCGUCCUGGGUCACGCCGCCCGCUGCGUCUUUUCCCACUGACCAAAGGAAGAGAGACUUUGUUUUCGCCGAGAUAACGUCAGCGCCGCCGGGGGAGGGAACGCCGCGCUUGCUAAAGUGUGCUUUUGGGUUCAGGAUGUUUUUAUUGUUGUGACGCGUGUUUGUAAGCCACAUGAUCUUCCUUUAGUUUCCUUUUCCUGAUUGGCGUUAGUCACCUUUGACGGGUUGGCUAACGGCCUGCAUGGUUUGCUUUAUUUCGUUUGGUUUCGUUAGUUGUCGCAUGUCCUUAUGAAGACAUGGAGGGAUUUGGGUGCAGUGUUGUGUGGCCGUUUUGCCGUGAACACGGUGGUGACGUGCGUUGGCGUGCGUUGGCGUGCGUUGGCGUGCGUUGGCGUGCGUUGGCGUGCGUUGGCGUGCGUUGGCGUGCGUUGGCGUGCGUUGGCGUGCGUUGGCGUGUUUGUUGCCGCACGGGAGCGUCUUUUCCUGAUUGCUCAUUUUGGCUUGGUAGCGGUAAGAGAGAGACAAUUCAGUUUCGUUUGAGUUGACCUUGUUAUUGUAACGUUUGUCAUGCACAUGCUCUAGGAUGCCCGCUGGCAUACAUUGUGGUCGUUUACCACCACCAUGCCUUUCUAAUUGUUUGAAACCUAUUUAUACUCAUGGUGUGGAGCAGAAAAUAGAGAAAUAAGCCAAGGCGGCAGUACGAGGAGGUGAUGCAGGUGUCCAGGAGGUGUUUGAGGGAAGCAGCGAGAAGGAAAUAAUUAGCAUUAGCAUUCCUCCCCAAAACUAUUUAACCCCCCCCAUCCCAUGGGUAACACUACACUACCAUAAGGUACACAAAAUCACAGUAGUUAAUGAGGAUUACUCCCUCAUUACUCCCUCAGUAACUACUCUACUCAUUAGUUCCCUUUUAACUACUCUAAAUGCAUGUGCCUUACUUCCUCACUAACUACUCUCCUCAUUGGUCCCUCAGUAACUACUCUGAAUUUAUGUGCCUUGGUUCUUAGGUAACUACUACUACUACUACUACUAAUUCAUUCCUCAUUAGUUACUCUGUAACUACUCAUUAGUUACUUGGUAACUGCUCAUUAGUUACUCAUUAGUUACUCAGUAACUACUCAUUAGUUACUCAGUAACUACUCAUUAGUUUUUCAUUAGUUACUCGGUGACUACUCAUUAGUUCCUCAUUAUUUACUCAGUAACUGCUCAUUAUUUACUCAGUGACUACUCAUUAGUUACUCAGUAACUACUCAUUAGUUUCUCAUUAGUUACUCAGUGACUACUCAUUAGGUCCUCAUUAGUUACUCAGUAACUACUCAUUAUUUACUCAGUAACUACUCAUUCGUUACUCAGUAACUACUCAUUCGUUACUCAGUAACUACUCAUUC